AUGCAACACAGGAGGAAGAUCUCUCAAACAAUAGUGAAUUUAGGUCCUGUCAUUUCUGAGGUUCACACUCGGAUACUUUCCGCAGAGUUCACAUCUCAGGAAGUUAAAGAGGUCGUCUUCUCCAUUUCAAGGAUGAAAGAUCCAAGACCGGAUGGAUUUAGUAGUUUCUUCUAUCAAGAUAACUGGAAUUUGGUUGGUUCAAAGGUUAGUGCUGCUGUCCUAUCUUUCUUAUCCACGGGUAAGAUUCUCAAAGAGAUUAAUGCCACAUCCAUUACUCUCAUUCAUAAGACAACUUGCCCAGAUAAUAAGCUUAUCAAUCUCAUUAUGAUUUGUGCUAGAACACCGAGGUUCUCAUUGAUGAUCAAUGGAUCAAUGCAUGGGUUCUUUGCAUCUAAACGAGGACUGCGUCAAGGGGAUCCAAUGUCUCCAUUUCUUUUUGUACUAGGGGUCUCAAACUGUUCUCUGGGACUUCUAUUCUUUUUCCAAAUGAGUCUUUAUUGUAAUGGUAUGGUUGAUUAUGAGGUUUUUCGGGUGCUGGAAGUCUCGAGAUUCACAAGAAGUAAUCUACCUUUCCAUUAUCUUGGUAUUCCAAUUUGUUCAAAAAAAAAUUCUUCUACUGAAUGUGGGAUUAUAUUAGAGAAAAUGGUGCACAAGAUUAAACAGUGGAGUUCACGGAAGUUAUUAUAUAUGGGAAGAGCUACAUUGAUUAACUUUGUACUCCUUUCCAUUCAUUCUUAUUGGGCUGAAAUAAUGACAUUACCAAAGAAGCUACUAAGAGAUAUUGAAGCCAUCUAUAGAGCGUUUCUUUGGAAAGGAAUGGCUGAGUACUUGGGGCCAAGUUUAGUUGCUUGGCAUAAUAUUUGUCUUCCCAAAGAAACUAGAGGAUUGGGCUUCAGGAACGUUCUUGACUGGAACAUUGCGGCCCUGGGGAAAUAUGUAUGGGCUAUUGUAGCAAAAAAGGAUAAGUUGUGGGUUAGAUGGAUUCAUAGUGUUUAUUUGACCAAAGUGGACUGGUGGGACUAUAAAACUCAAUCAGACUGCAGCUAG